AACCAAGAGACGCAUCAGCGGCAGUAAGUGCAGUACGUGGGUAUGAUUCCGUGUGGCCGCGGCACAUGGGACCAAUAGGAGUGGGGGUGACACUCGCCGCCCGUCGUCCCCACAAGUGCAAGUCAUGGGCGACCUGCCGUCGUCAUUUCCGGGCGGCUCUCAUGGCAAGGCUUGUCCUUCUCGCAAGGCUUCCCGUCCCCCAAAAUCUCCCUUGCUCUCGGCUCAUCAGACCAUCCGAAGGCAUGGCAGCUGCGAUAGGACGAGUAGACAACCCUCCCAUUCCAUGGUGCAGCAGCGACGAUCCCGGAUCGAGCGGAGCGAGUCAUCUCAGUGACGUUCUUCCCAUGGACGAGCUCUUUUUGGUUGCAGCGACCUCCCAUCCCGUGGCGCAGCAGCGACUGCGUCGUCGUUCAUAACCACCGCGUCCAGCGCAACUGUCAGUUUUGCUUCGAGCUCCUCAACCACCGCCUUACUCGCGUCUCACUCGCGUCUCACCCGCGUUUUCUUCGACUCCAAGGGUUGAAUAAGUUACUCGGUCGUUUCUCCGACUCCCAAGUCCGCGUCAGGACGAAGCAGUCACUACUACUUGAACGACCAUUCUAUUCGUGUCACAUGCCUCACACAAGUCCUCGCUCCGCUCAGUAUCCGAAUCUUCAGCAGGCUCCACAUGCAUAGCAGAAUCGCCGCAGGUGAUGUCACUUACCCUGACACCAACGUUGGAGUUACGCUCGUAGUCCGACCCUUUCCGCAAGUCUAGUACUACUACAUUAGCGUCCCGAUUCGGGAUCUCCAGGCGAGCACUGCGCCAGCUUCAGUCACCGGUCUCAAUCUCCGACCCUGUUCCCGAGCAGAGCCUUCGACGACUAGGAGUCCGACUACUAGGAGUCCGACUACUAGGAGUCCGACUACUAGGAGUCCGACUACUAGGAGUCCGACUACUAGGAGUCCGACUACUAGGAGUCCGACUAGGAGUCCGACUAGGAGUCCGGGGAGUCGUCCGUAGAAUGACAGCCAUCUCGACAGCUACUGCAGUAGCAGCCGCUGCGGCAGCCGCGCGAGGCGGCCCCGAAAACUCCCUCUUCCGCUACCGCGGCGUGCGCCAGCGCACGUGGGGGAAGUGGGUCGCGGAGAUCCGCGAGCCCCGGCGCAAGGUGCGCCUGUGGCUCGGCUCCUUCGCCUCCGCGGAGCAAGCCGCGCGCGCGUACGACCGCGCGGCUAGGAAGCUGCACGGCGCGGAUGCGGUGCUCAACUUCCCCCCUCCCCCCGCCUCCCCUUCGAGCGCGACUCCCGCCGUCAACACGUCGCGUCAGCCCCGAGCCGCAGUCGUGAAGAGCACCAUCGAUACAAGCACAUUGUGGAACUGUCACCUCCGCAACAAACUCAACGGCAGCUCCCCUGCAUUCGCGGCGGAACUUUCGCGAGAGAGCGCGGCCGCGGCGUUUUCUAGCGUGGGGACGCCGUUCGCCGUCCCCUUGGGGACCCAAGCGGCGGGUCAAAUCGCGGUCAACGCGGUCGACGCGGUCAGCGCCUCCGGGUCGGCGACACGUGGCAGUGGUAACUCCGCCGGCGCGAGCGGUCCGCCGAGCAGCCCGUCGCCGUGGCUCGCGCGCUUCAUGCUCGAGAUUGCGGAAAUGCGAAAAUCCGCCGCCGGAUGUCGCCAAGUGCACGACUCAGGCUCAGGCUCUGGUGGAAUCGGCGCGCAACAGACUGUCAGCGCGACUGCACCGCGCCUCCAGGCCCGCAAUCCGAUGGGUUCGAUGGAUUUGAUGGGUUCAUCGCUCCACGGAUUUCCCUUGGCGAGUUUGGAUGGUACCGACGGGGCUGCUUGUGAGAAGACCGCCCUUUCCGCCUUCCAGGAGCACGUGCUGUUCCCCUUCUACCUACGCCAGCAGCAGCAGCAGCAGCAGCAGCAGUAUCAGCUGCAGCGAGCGCAAGGAGCAGACCAGUGGUGGCGCGGCGAGCAGCAACAUCACUCGUUGAAGCAGCAGCAGCAGCAGCAGCAGCGCCUGGCACCUGAGCUGUCACUCUCAGGACAAGCGACUCGGAUUGCAACGGGACUGUCAGCGCCCCCGCACUCCCCACUUCCCGUCGGCCUGCUUCCCGCUCUCCAAGCGCCUUUGGCGAAGCUCCCUGGGACGGCUCCCAUGGCUGCUGCUGCUGCUGCAGCUGCGUCAACCCAGAAGACGCGGGUGACAGCAUUGCUGGAAACGAUGCAGGCGCUGCCGCCAUUCAGCCUGCCUCCAGCUGCUGCAUUGAGCAACGGCUGUCAGCUGCCCCCGUGUCCAACAUUCGCGCACCCACCACCAGCAACACUCCCAUCCACCUCGUUCCCAUCGCCUGUGCACCCACCGGCCUCGCUUACACCGGCGAGCUCGCCCCCAGCGCUUAGCGAGACCCAGCAGAUCCUCCUGGAGCAAUACAUGAGGCUGUCGAGACUCUGCAUGACAGCGCAGGGUCGUUGCGAUGCUGCGUCCGCCCCUGCCACAAUGCGCUCAGUACCCGUGAAAAGCAAAGGGUCGAUCGCUCCACUGGCACCUGUGAGCGGGUCCCUGGCUGUCCCGGUGGCUCAAGGAGCGAGUGAGCAGGUUGGAUUGAUCCAAGGGAAAAGGGUGCGCUGCGAGGAGGUGUGUGGCGGAGGCUACUUGGCCUUCUGUGGUGAUGCUGAUAGCAACCCCGCCACGAAGCGCGUGUGCGUGUGGGGAGGUGAGGCAGAAAAGAAUCAGCUUUCACAUGGGCUGGGCAGCCGCAGCAAGGUUGCUGGAGAGGGCAGGACUGCUGGAGACGUGAGUCCAGAGAGCAAUACCUCAUCUGGGCAGAGUGGGGCUCAGCUUGUCUCGUUGGAUUCUGACAUAGUUGGUUUUCAGCUGGAGGACGAAGAGGUCUGGGGGUUGGGGCUGGAGCACUUGGAAAUGUUGCUUCCAGGGCUGAAUAGUGAGCCGGAGCUCGCUAUAGGUAGUGAGGCAUGGAAUAUGUUGUAAACUAUUUCUUUAGAAUGGAUUCCUUUUAGUUCGUUGUAAAUAUCCUUACAAUAUUUUUUUGUUGGCC